UUUAAGUCGUAUACAAUUGUAAUGCAACGGGAGUUGCGAAUUACGUUUGUUAGAUUGUUCUGCCGGUUGAAUUUUCUCUGAAUUAAUCAGUAUUAAAAAGUUUUUCACAAUGUAGGGGUUAAAUGAACUUUCAAAAGCCAUACGUUUAUAAUUGUAAUGAAAAUUUUGAAUUAAUUUAUCAGUUGAAAGACAAAAUCUAACCUUUUCCCUCCUUCAUUUUUGUAUGUACAAUCAAUUUUAACAAAGUCUACCUUUUUUACUCAUAUUUUUUAUAAUUUAUCUGUAAAUAUAAUAAACUAAUGAUUGACUGUCGUUGAUGAAAAUGUCUCAAGUAGAAUCAUGUCAAGAUCGCCAAAAUAAUGAAUUUGAAGUCCUAAAGUCAAUUUUUGGAGACGAAUUGAAAGAUUUAAGAAAAACUAAACAGAAGAAAAAAUGGCAACCAAUGAAUAUCAAAAUGACUUUAACUCCUUCACAAGGGAUGUCUGGACCAGCACAAGUCUAUGCACAAAUCGACUUGCUAAUCAGCUGUGGAGAAACAUAUCCAGAAGAAGCUCCACGAAUUCAAUUAAAAAAUAGUCGAGGUUUGUCUGAUCAACAAAUAGCUGUGCUUUUUUCGGAGUUAGAACAUUUAGCAGAAAAUUUAAAAGGUGAAGUCAUGAUUUUCGAACUUGCCCAACAUGUACAAAAAUUUUUACACGAGCAUAAUAAACCCAGCUACAGUAGUUUUUAUGAAGAAAUGGUAUCACGGCGUCAGGAAAAGAUACAAUCUGAAAUGCAGGAAAAGCAAAUGAAAGAAGAUAAAGAACGCCAGGUAUUACAAGAUGAAAUCCAACGCCGUCAAGAAGCUCUGAAAGCUGAAUUCCGUGAUCGAAAAGAGAUGGCUCGUUUAUCCAAAGAAUCAAACGCUUUAUCUCAAUCGAUUCCAUCAUCCCCUCAUGAACGCGUACGUACUUAUUCUAGAAGAAGAUGUCAAAGUACAUCUGAAAGCUCAGAAGGUCCACUGUGUGAGCAUCGUGGUACAAAACUGUUGCAUUUCGUUAAUAAUAAAGGAGAAAGACAAGUGCAUCGUGGCAAGUGUUUGGGACAUAGCUCAAAGGGUUCUAUAGUUUAUGCUGGUGUUGAUAUGAAUACUGGAGAACUAUUUGCCGUUACUGAAUGGACGUUGAAGUGUGGCAGCGCUGAAGAGGCUAACAGUGAGCCAGAGACUUCGGAUCUUCAGCAUUCAAUGAAACAAAUAGGAAGUAUUGAACAAGAAUUAAAUCACCUACAUAAACUUCAUCAUGCAAAUCUUGUUCAUUAUUUAAAUAUGAAGUAUUUGCAAAAUAAAGAUAGUAUUGUUAUCUAUAUUCUACAAGAAUUUGUUGUGGGUACGACAUGUUCAUUCUUCCUAAUGGAAAGUAUCCCAAUGGCUAUUGAUAUGCUAAGAUAUCUCGCUUCUGGAGUACUAUCAGCACUUGAAUAUUUACAUGAAAAUAACAUCGUCCAUAAAGAUCUGCGAGACUCCAGUAUACAUAUAAAUCAUACAGGUGUUGUUAAAGUUUCUGAUUAUUCAUUGAAUAAGCGACUUUCUGAUAUUUAUCACUCAAGUUGUCUUGCUAAGGCUGAACAUGAUUUUCCUACUAUUCAGGGUAGAGGAGGAAAGAAGUUAGAUAUUUAUAGAUUUGGAAUUUUACUUUUAUCUCUGUUAAAAGGUACUAUUGUUUCGGAGAAUGAGUUAGACCUUGAAUUAAAUUUACCAAUAGAACUCAAAGAUUUUUUGUCAAAAUGUUUGAAUAAUGAUGAAAGAUCUAGAUGGUCUGCGAAACAACUUCAACAACAUUCUUUUAUACGUGCACCUAUUUUUCGAGAAUUAUCGUCACCUAAACGAUAUUGUGAUAAGGAACAAAAUAACUCUGAGACUGAAGAACCGGCAUCUGAUGUUCACUUUAAUCUCCCAACAAUUGAUGGUCAUUCCCGGAUUAAAAAUGAAUUUGAAAUUUUGAAGCUGCUUGGAGAAGGUGCUUUUGGAGAUGUUUGGAAGGUCAGGAAUAAACUAGAUAGUGGAGUAUACGCAAUCAAAAGGAUAGCUCUAAAUCCAAAGAAUAAACAGUUGAACAAAAAAAUGAUCAGAGAAGUUAAACUGCUAUCAAGACUGAAUCACGAGAAUGUAGUAAGAUAUUAUAACUCUUGGAUUGAGAAUGUUAUUGUGAAUGAUGUCACCGAAUCACCUACUUCACCAUCUGAUACUAUUCUGUCAGUACGAAAUAAUAACAAAAUUAAUCACGGAUUAGAAUCAGAUAAGUUGGAGAAAUUUCUAACACCAAUGAUUGAUGCUGAUUGGACUGCAUCUUAUGAAGCUCGAUCAAAAGCUGCUGAUUCAGAGGAAGAUGAUCGAUCUGAUAGUUCUAGUGAUGAUAGUGAUGAAGAAGGACAAUUUUUUAUGGGAAAAUCUAUGGAUUCCUCUGAUAGUAUAGAAUUUGAACGGAAUGGUGAAUCUCCUACUGAAGAUUCUAAGCUGGAAUCCUGCGAAACUUCUGAAAAAAUGACCAGCGAAGAGAACAGUUUUGAACAGAAAACUCAAUUUAUGUAUAUUCAGAUGGAAUUUUGUGAAAAAAGUACUUUAAGAACUGCUAUUGAUAAUGGACUGUAUCAAGAUGAAGACAGAGUUUGGAGACUGUUUAGAGAAAUGGUUGAAGGAAUUGCUUAUAUUCAUCAACAAGGGAUGAUCCAUCGGGACUUGAAGCCAGUAAAUAUUUUUUUGGACAGUAAUGAUCAUGUUAAAAUAGGAGAUUUUGGUCUAGCGACGACAAAUAUUUUAUGUUCGUUAGUACCGAAUGUUGAAAAUGAUCGAGAGAAUCAAUUAAUUAAUAAGUCUGCUAAUUAUAGUUUAGAUGAACCUAGAUCUAUGACCGGUCAGGUUGGAACUGCACUUUAUGUUGCUCCAGAACUAAGAAAAGAAGUUACUAAAGCUAGAUAUAAUCAAAAGGUUGAUAUUUAUAGUCUUGGAAUAAUUCUUUUUGAAAUGUGUUAUAAACCUCCAGAAACAAAAAUGGAGAGAGUAACUAUUUUACAAAAUGUUCGAUCAAAAGAUAUAACUUUGCCUUCUGAUAUGAUUGAGACAGACAUGUCACAUCAAAUUCAUCUUCUCAGAUGGCUUUUGAAUCAUGAUCCAAGUCAACGACCAACAGCUCAAGAGCUAUUAGCAUCAGAAUAUCUACCUCCUCCACUGUUAGAAGAAGCCGAGCUGCAAGAGAUGGUGCGACAUACUUUGUCAAAUAGCCAUAGCAAGGCGUAUAAAUACCUCAUCGCUUGUUGUUUUGCGCAAGAAGUUACAGCAGCUGAAGAUAUUACUUAUGAUAUGAAUUUACCAUCUAGAUCAACUACUAAUACAUCAUCAGUAAAGCUUGACUUCUUACAAGAACGAAUAAAAGCUAAAGUGAUUGAAGUGUUUCAAAGACAUGGAGGAGUUAAUUUAGUUACUCCAUUAUUGAUGCCCAAGUCUUCUCAUUUGUAUCCUACUGAGUCUUAUGUCCAACUAAUGACACAUUCUGGAAGCAUCGUCUCUAUUCCACAUGAUCUCAGAGCUCCUUUCGCGAGAUAUGUUGUGUGGAAUAAUAUUAUAAAUUAUCGAAGAUAUGCUAUUGAACGUGUUUAUAGAGAAAAAAAGGUUCAUGGCUUCCACCCUAGAGAACUCUACGAAUGUGCAUUUGACAUAAUAAGUCCAACUUCCAACUUAAUGGCUGAAGCAGAAUUAAUUCGAAUUGCGUGGGAAUUAUUUAACGAAAUUCCUGAAAUGCGUCAGCGAAAUUUUACUGUUCGAUUAAAUCACACAUCAUUACUCCAAGCCGUUUUUAUGUACUGUGGAAUAGAACCAGAAAAAUAUCAAGAUAUAUAUUCUAUUCUUUGUAAUGCCCGUGAUGGCAAAUGUUCAAAAUUUCAAGUACAAACACAUUUCACAAGUUUAUGUUUAACUGAUCAAGCUAUGGACACUCUUUUUAAUUUGUUUGAUACAGAAAAUUCUGUACCAAAGAUUGCGAGUGUAUUAAAGACAAUAACAAAACGAAAAGGAGAUGCUGCUAUUUUAGCUAAAGAAGGUCUUCAAGAAAUCGAAGCUGUUUCUGCUUAUCUCGAAGCUAUGGGAGUAAAGUGGCCGAUAACAAUAAUGCCUCUUCUUGCGUACAACAUGCAACAUCACAGCGGGGUAAUUUUUCAAAUUACCUGUGAUCUAAAACGUCGAAGAAGACGUGGUGGGCAAGAAGUGAUAGCUGCUGGUGGUCGAUAUGAUAAAAUGUUACAAUCGUUUCGAAGAAUUUUAGAGAGAACCGGUCUAGCGAGUAAAGAAAUUUCGCAGUAUGGUGUUGGAAUAAGUAUUUCCCUUGACAAACUUGUCUGUGCUAUCCGAGAAUUUUCCACCGACGAGUGUAUUGAAGCUAACAUGCCUAAAUAUGGCAUUGAAGUUGCUGUAGGCUAUGUUGAUAGAUCAGCAGAAAGAGAGGCUGAAUUUGUGGAUCUUUUACGUGAAAUUUGGGCUCUAGGGCUUAGAGUAACUGUUUUGGAUUUUUCAACGACUGAAGAAAUUCUUGAUUAUUGCCGAGAAAAUUCUAUACCUCAUGUAAUCAUUUUAAAGAGUAAUGAAAAAGGAAACUUUAGAUUACAGUCUUGGGAAAGAGAUAGAUUUAAUGAGAGGAAAAUUAGUAUGACUGAUAUUGCAGAACAUUUGCAAAGACAAACAGAUACACCACUGCCAGCAUUAAACAGAUCUGAAAGCAAAAUCAAUGCCAUUAAUGAGACUUCUAUUUCAUCGAAUAAUCCCGUAAAUGUUAAUUUUAAUUUUGUACUUUCUGAAAGAGAAAAACUAUCAGCAAGCGGAAGAAGAAGUUACAAAAACUCGAUGCUUGCUUCAAUGUCGAAUGCUUUACAGAGAAUAUCCUAUAAAACCUGGAUCGAGGUAUUUGCUGUAUUUUUAGAGAUGUCUGUUAUCCGAACGAUGGUUAGUCUUUUGGAAAUUGAUGAGAGAGAACAAGAUUUUCAGAAAAGUAUUCAACAAGUUAUUGAUAAACAUCCGAGGCAUAAGAAAUACAUUAAACAAAUUUGCGAUGAAAUGAGUGAAGUAAGAAAUGAGAAACAACGACCUGUUUUGGCCCUUUACAGCCUGACCGAUAACAAAUUUAUGAUUCUUAUCUAAGAAAAUUUAUACAAGUUGUAGAAGAAAAAGAGUUUAAUUACAAAAUAAAUCUCUUCAAUAUUUUCAUUAA